AAGCGCGAAGAAGAAGAAGAAGACCUCGAGCAAAUAAACCGGUCGUUGUGUUGGAAACAUGGCGGCCUUCAGUAAAUAUGUGACAGCGAAAAACUCCUCCAUAGCGGGCGGCAUUUUGCUGGUUUUAUACCUGCUAAAACACAGAAGACGGACGUCCAAACAGAACAGUAUAAAAGGAGGCUCAAAUCUAGUGGUGAACAAUGAGAAAGAUAGUAGAAAAGACCGUGCAGCAGUGGACAAAGUUUUCUUCCUCCGAACCCUCCAGAUUCUGCGGAUCAUGGUACCUCGAGUUUUCUGCAUGGAGACUGGCUACCUUAUCCUUAUCGCCGCCAUGUUGGUGGCCAGGACCUACUGUGAUGUAUGGAUGAUCCAGAACGGCACCAUGAUCGAAAGUGGUAUUAUAAGCAGAGACAUCAGUCUAUUCAAGAAGCACUUUUAUUCCUACAUAUCAGUCAUACCAGGGGUAACAGUUCAACACCUGGAUUCUCAUAGAUGUGGAAAACUAAAGAGUGUCAGGAGCUGUUCUGAUGAAUUCACUUGUUUAUCUGAUGUCCCCCACAGAUUCACAGCUCGUAUCACUGAACUGAUGAGUGUCCUGAAGGAGCUGAAUGCUGGCAAAUAUGAACGCACCAUGGUCUCCCAGCAGGAGAAGGAAUCAGACAUGGCAGAGAAGCUCACACUGGUGCCUGGAAGUGGUCAAAUCAUCAACAAAGAUAACAUCAUUAAAUUUGACCAUACCCCACUAGCAACACCUAAUGGAGACAUCUUGAUCAGAGACCUCACAUUUGAAGUAAGGUCUGGCACAAAUGUUCUUGUGUGUGGGCCUAACGGCUGCGGAAAGAGCUCUCUGUUUAGAGCACUCGGAGAGCUGUGGCCAUUGUUUGGUGGACAACUGACAAAACCUGAGAGAGGGAAGCUCUUCUACGUACCACAGAGACCCUACAUGACUCUAGGUUCUCUGAGGGACCAAGUUAUUUACCCUGACACCUAUGAAGACCAGAGGAGGAAAAACAUCUCUGAUCAGGUGUUGAAGGAGUACCUGGACAAUGUUCAGCUGGGUCACAUCCUGGACAGGGAGGGCAGCUGGGACUCAGUUCAGGACUGGAUGGAUGUCCUCAGUGGAGGAGAGAAGCAGAGGAUGGCUAUGGCCAGACUGUUCUACCACAAGCCCCAGUUUGCCAUUCUGGAUGAGUGCACCAGUGCAGUGAGUGUAGAUGUGGAGGAUUUCAUCUACAGCCACUGCAGGACGGUGGGCAUCACCUUGUUCACCGUGUCACACAGAAAGUCUCUGUGGAAGCACCACAAGUAUUAUCUUCACAUGGAUGGGAGAGGGAACUACGAGUUCAAGCCCAUCACGGAUGAAACUGUGGAGUUUGGCUCUUAAUUGACUGCUGCCGUUGGCCACAAAUGCACUGCUCUGAAAAAUCAGUCCAUUAAUUCCCUGCACUCAAGAUAGAAAUUAUACCUAAAACAAGAAAAUGUUUUUAAUCAUUUUGUAACUCAACAGUGUUUCCUUUUAUGUUUUCUGUUAUUUAAAGCAUCACUUUAGUCUUGUCUAAUCAUUAUUUUGUUCAGUGUGAUUAUAAAAACAUGUAAUUUAUAUUGCCAACUUCUAGGUUGUGUUUUACUCACGCACAACAGAUAUUUGAGUGGAGGUGGAAGUAUACUUCACAAGUGAUCAUAUCUCACAAAGUUAACAGGUUAGCAUUACCCUGUAGAGAUAAGCUAGAUACCACAGAGGUCUUUGAGGCAUCAUGUCCUGCACAGAAUAAUACUGGAUGUAUGCACAACUUGAUGCCUCCUGGAUGUGCACUUAUACAAGUAAUCUGUCCACAGCUGAUGGAAGAUAAUAGCAGCCAAGGCUGGUAAUAAUUUUCAGGCCUUGAUAUCUUAAAAUAACAAACAGCAAGUUUUGGCUUUUUUCUUUUUCUUUUUCUUUUUUUUUUUUUUAAACAGUUUCCAAGGAAACGGUUAAUUAUCAUGUCACCUUAAGGAAUUAUAAGUGUCUACUUGCUUCCUUCUGUAAUUUUUUGCUCUGUCCAUUUCUGGCUCUUUUUACUUGGAUUAGCAUCUAAGUAAUGAGACAUGGAAAUCAUUUAAUCACUAACAGGAACAUUUCAGUAACUCAGGCAUUCAGAAAUGUGUUGAAAAUAUGAAUUCACUAGAGGAAGGCUGUCUCUCAAGAUACCCAUAAGGAAAAAAAGAAAAAAUCUGACCAAAACAUGACUUGAUGCGGUAAUAGUUAUAUAUCUGAUAUGUAGUAUGGGGAAAUUUCACAUAGAGUUCAACUUUGAACUUGAUGAAUUGCUACCAUUGACCAAACCAUUGUAGAAGUGCUGACUUUUGUAAAGAUUGUAUGAGGCUGAUAAAGAAACAGAACACAAUGAAAUCUAUUUACAACUGCACUCAGCUUCCUUUUCCACUGGAUUGUUGAUCAUGUUACCUGAAAUCUGGGUCUGCACUGAACAAACAGCUAAUCAUGGUGAAUCUUAUUAUUAACCUUUACAUGAAUAACAAUUCUGUUUCUUGGGUUAUGGGAUUAAAAGUUCUUCCAAAAUUUGGAUAACUGUGUUGAUGUCCAAUUUUACAUGAGCUCUAUGAAGCUGGGGACUGGGUCUAAAGUGCCAUCUGAUAAUGGAUCACUGGUACACGAAUAUUCAGAUAAAAUCAUUCCUCAACCAUUGCUCAACACCACUCUGUCCUGUCACUCUAACACACCGGUACUGUAACUUUAUUGUGAAAAUGUGAAGAAGGAGCCUCAGCUAUACCCAUGGUUUUCCCUGUAUAAGACUGAUGAUCUCACUCUGCAUUAAAAAAAAAGUAGGUGUAA